AUGGCGAAAACUACUUGUUCCAUAGACAUUGAAGACAAACCAUGCAAACAAAAGUCUGCAAAAAUAGAAAGUGAAAAGAAGUCCACCAUUUGCAACUGGGUCGUGAAAUGCACAUGCGCUGAUAACAUUCUGCGCAUUGGAACAAAACCGUGCCAAAACUUCUCCCAAAUAUUUUCAAGUAGUUGUUUAAUAUUAAAUGGUAAAUUUUCUAUUUUACAGACUAAGGGAACGUCCAGUUUUGGUAAGCGGCACAACAAGACACACACCCACUGUCGGCGAUGUGGCCGUCGUGCAUAUCACAUCCAGAAAAAAGAUUGUGCAUCCUGUGGUUAUCCUGCACCCAGGAAAAGGACAUAUAACUGGAGUAUCAAGUCGAAGAGGAGGAGGACUACUGGCACGGGAAGAAUGAGACAUCUGAAGAAAGUCUUCAGACGAUUCAGAAAUGGAUUCCGUGAAGGGACAACUCCCAAGCCACGUGGGAAGACCACUCCUGCAGCACCUACCACUGUUGCUAAAUAGACCGUAAAUAAAUAAUUUAAGAAAUGAC